UAAAUUCUCUCACGGUAAAGAGAGACAGUUUGAUAGGCACGUGAUCGAAACCGCACAAACAAAAUAGUGCAUCAAUUUAGUGUCUUGGAAGUAGUUUCUCUUUUUCCUUUUUUUCUUUUCUUUUUCCUUUUUUUUUCUUUUUUUCUACUGUUUUUCCUAAGAAAUAGAAGUAAAAAUAAUUAGAAACAGAUUAAAAAUGAUACUGAGAAUCGCUUCUGGAAGCAUCAUUCUUUUAAUCGUGCUCGUUCGAUCAGUCGCAGGGCAAGAUGACGAUUCCUUGGCCAAUACCUUUCUAUCAGGAUUUUUAACUUCUUUAACGAGCACGGCGAAAAUCGCCGAUUGUCCAGGAGUAUGUGUACAUGCAUUAGCAACGUUAAUGUGCGACGAUGUCCUCGAAGACGUGCAAUGUCCCACGACGAGUAUGCGAUGUUGCCUACAAGAUGUAAUAAACGGCACAGGAUCUUCCGAAAAUAUUAUCGAUGAUGAAGGAUCGAUCUCUGCCGAACCCAUCACAACAAUCAAAAAUACUAUAACUUCUACGACGACUCCCACAACAACUACCGCGAUAACUGGCACAUCGACUUCCGCCACUUCAAUAAAAACUAUGCUGGAAAAUCAUAAUGAGACGAGUGAAAAAUCAUCCAUGAAAACAUGUUCGGGUAUCUGUAUGUCCGAGAGAAUCGCAGAUUAUUGUGAUGCUGUGUUGAUAAUAGAAACACUUUGUAAGCCGGGUUACAAGUGUUGCGUGUCCAGGGAUGCUUUUGGGGAUUUCCCACCGCCUGAACUCUUGGUGAUCGAUCGUACAAAUUCUUCUCGUUAUGACGAAAAAAACGGCAGCGGAGUUUUCAGCGAAGUUUCGUCUCCAUCAACAACAAUGAAAUCAAACAUAUCGUUAACUGAUGCUUCUGCUACCGCCAUCGCUACAAUGGUGACAACAUUGACGACAACAACACCGACAAUGAUCACCAAACAACCGUCAACGACAACAAUGAUAACGAGGCCGACAUUGCCACCGAAACUAUGCAAAGGAAAGUGUACGAAUGUACUAUCCGCAAUCUUUUGUAAUAGCAUUGAUGAAGAUGCAGAAUGUCCUGCUGAUGGAUCCGUGUUGACAGUUUGUUGCACCAAUGAACCGCCACCGGAAAAAACAGAAACAACAACGACGAUUCGACCGUCCACAAAAAGUCCUCAACCGAAGUUACCACCGUGUCCUGGCUUUUGCCUCAUGAUAAUUAUGGCAGCUUUUUGCGAGCGGCCAAACGUGAUCAUAGCUAAAACAUCGACCUGUCAAUCCGGCUUUAUCUGUUGUGAUAAAACUACAAAAAGUCCACCACAGACGCAGAAACCAAAGCCGAGACCUACCUCGCGAAUACCGACGACCAUAUCGUUACCACCGGAUCCACGCUCGGAAUGUCCUGGUUCCUGUAUUGUAUCUUAUUUAUCGUUUACUUGCUUCAGAAAUGCCGAGCUGACAAAUUUAUUCAAGUGCAAAAAACAGGGAUAUCAAUGCUGUGCGCCGAAAUCUUUGAUAAGAGAAUUGAAUGGUGAAAAUUCCACAGAACCAAUUCUGACUAAUAGAAAUGAUACGUUCCAUGUUACUUCCCGACCUUACACAACCCCAUUAACCACAUCGAUCUAUGAAACAACAACGAUUGCUACUACUACCAAAAGUCCAGUGUACAGUAAAUAUGUUUGUGGCGUGAAGGGAACUUCUCGCGGACCGAUUCAAGCCCGAAGUUCCGAGAGAGUUGCGCGUGUCGUAGGUGGUGAAGAUGCAGACGCUAAUGAAUGGUGUUGGCAGGUCGCGUUGAUAAAUUCCCUUAAUCAAUAUUUAUGCGGAGGAGCAUUAAUAGGUACGCAGUGGGUCCUCACUGCAGCGCAUUGUGUGACAAACAUUGUGAGAUCCGGCGAUGCGAUUUAUGUGAGGGUAGGCGAUCACGAUCUGACUCGUAAAUAUGGAAGCCCUGGUGCCCAAACCUUGCGCGUCGCAACGACUUAUAUUCAUCAUAAUCAUAACAGUCAGACGCUCGAUAAUGAUAUCGCUUUGCUAAAACUUCACGGUCAAACAGAAUUAAAGGAUGGAGUUUGUUUAGUUUGUUUGCCGGCACGAGGUGUCAGUCAUACAGCUGGCAAAAGAUGUACAGUUACUGGUUAUGGAUAUAUGGGAGAAUCCGGCCCUAUUCCUCUUCGAGUUCGCGAAGCAGAAAUACCCAUUGUAAGUGAUGCUGAAUGCAUAAGAAAAGUGAACGCCGUAACCGAGAAGAUUUUUAUUUUACCGGCUAGUAGUUUCUGUGCCGGUGGUGAGCAAGGAAAUGAUGCAUGUCAGGGCGACGGAGGCGGUCCUUUGGUAUGUCAAGAUGAUGGCUUCUAUGAGCUUGUCGGAUUAGUAUCUUGGGGAUUCGGUUGCGGUCGCCAAAAUGUACCAGGCGUAUACGUGAAAGUUUCCUCGUAUAUUGGUUGGAUAAAUCAGAUAAUAUCGGUAAAUAAUCUGUAAUUACUUUGUAUGACGAUCGCGUCGAACACAUAUCUGAUUUACAUACGUUUAUUACUGAUGGAAUGUUUUAUCUUCACGUUUGAGUAGACUAUGCUAUAUAUGCACGAUAGAGGCAUAGCAAAGCAAUAAUUUAUAGACAUUUGAAGAUAAACUCGGCAUUCGCUGUAUAUAUCUCUAUCUGGCAUUAUAAACAUGUAUACUCAUGAUAUAUUAUUUCGUAUACUCAUGAUAUAUUAUUUUGUAAUCCAUUGACAUUGGCUAUGUAUUCCAAAGAGAGAUAUAUCUUGAAAGAUGAAGAAAAAGAGAAAGAAAUAAAAAGAGAAAAAGAAAAUCUUAUUUCCUUUUUUAUCUGCAAAAAUUAGAUACACAAA